AUGCUCAAGAGCGGCAUCGCCCGUAGCUUGGGCAGGUCUGCCCUUGCUCGACCUUCGAUCUCCCGACGCGCCUUCGAGCCUCUCCGGAGACAAGCCGUUCCAGCUCUAGCACAGCGAUGGGCGUCGACAGAUUCUGCAAGAGAUGGCAAGAUUCACCAGGUCAUUGGUGCUGUCGUUGACGUCAAAUUCGAUACCGAACAAUUGCCUGCCAUUCUCAAUGCCCUAGAAACCGACAACAACGGCCAGAAGCUUGUGCUGGAAGUCGCGCAACAUUUGGGUGAGAACGUCGUGAGAUGUAUUGCUAUGGAUGGUACCGAGGGUCUUGUCCGAGGUCACAUAGCCACCGAUACCGGCUCCCCCAUUAAGGUCCCUGUUGGCCCAGGCACUUUGGGUCGUAUCAUGAACGUCACUGGCGAUCCCAUCGAUGAAAGAGGUCCCAUCAAAGCUGACAAAUUUGCCCCCAUCCACGCCGACCCUCCUGAGUUUAUUGAGCAAGCCACAACUGCCGAAGUGUUGGUUACCGGCAUCAAGGUCGUGGACUUGCUGGCUCCUUAUGCCCGUGGUGGAAAGAUUGGUCUCUUUGGUGGCGCAGGUGUUGGCAAAACCGUGUUUAUCCAGGAGCUGAUUAACAACAUCGCAAAGGCCCACGGUGGUUACUCCGUCUUCACUGGUGUCGGCGAGCGAACCCGUGAAGGUAACGAUCUGUAUCACGAAAUGCAGGAAACCUCUGUCAUUCAGCUUGACGGCGAAUCCAAGGUGGCCUUGGUGUUUGGUCAGAUGAACGAACCUCCUGGGGCUCGUGCUCGUGUUGCCUUGACCGGAUUGACUGUAGCGGAGGAAUUCAGAAAUCAAGGCCAGGAUGUGCUGCUUUUCAUUGACAACAUCUUCCGAUUCACUCAAGCCGGUUCCGAGGUGUCUGCUCUGCUAGGCCGUAUUCCAUCUGCCGUCGGUUACCAACCUACCCUUGCCGUCGACAUGGGUGCCAUGCAGGAACGUAUUACCACGACCCAGAAAGGAUCCAUCACUUCAGUGCAGGCCGUCUACGUGCCCGCUGAUGAUUUGACUGAUCCCGCCCCUGCCACGACCUUCGCUCACUUGGACGCCACCACCGUGUUGUCUCGCGGUAUCUCUGAAUUGGGUAUCUACCCAGCUGUUGACCCUCUCGACUCCAAAUCCCGUAUGUUGGACCCUCGUGUUGUCGGCCAAGAACACUACGACACCGCAUCCCGCGUCCAGCAGAUGUUGCAAGAAUACAAAUCUCUCCAGGAUAUCAUUGCCAUUCUGGGUAUGGAUGAAUUGUCGGAAGCCGAUAAGUUGACCGUCGAACGUGCCCGUAAACUGCAACGUUUCCUCUCUCAACCCUUCACCGUCGCCCAGGUCUUUACUGGUAUCGAAGGCAAGCUUGUGGACCUCAAGGACACGAUCAGCAGUUUCCAGAAGAUCAUCAAUGGUGAAGGCGACGACCUACCGGAAGGUGCCUUCUACAUGGUGGGCGACUUUGAGAGUGCCCGGGCCAAGGGUGAGAAGAUUUUGGCUGAGUUGGAGAAGUCGUAA